CAACACACCGAAUAGGAGCAACGAGGGAAGAAACCGGCACGACUCUCACGAAUAGAGGAUUUUCGGAUAACCACAUUUAAAAAUACAAUACGUUACCAGUACACUCGCCGAAAACACCGCUCUUUAUUUCGCCUGUUUGAGUUUGAAAUGUUUCAGUUUAGGUUCUCGGCGGCGUUAAAGGACUUUUGUAAACCAAAUCUAAAGCGCAUAUUGAAUAGCAGCAAUACAGAUAAUAUAACCGCCGGUGCGCGGCCGGUGUCCUGGAGGCGCGUCUCCGGCGCCGGAGGAGGAUGCGCGUCUCCGUUUAGACGCGCUCUGUGCACCCAGACGGACGGGGCCGACCAAGCCCAGAAAAAUGCGGCCACGGAGAAAAGAAGGAAGGCAGGCAUUUUGCCCAGCCUGGAAGAUCUCCUGUUCUACACCAUCGCAGAGGGUCAGGAGAAAAUUCCAGCACAUAAAUUUACCACGGCGUUGAAAUCCACUGGUCUGCGAACUGGAGACCCUCGUCUUAAGGAGUGCAUGGAGAUGUUGAAGGUCACACUAAAAACCACGUCAGACGGCGCUCUGGAUAAACACCUGUUUAAAAAGUGUGUGCAAAGCAAUAUCGUGCUGCUGACUCAGGCUUUCCGUAAGAAGUUCGUCAUUCCUGACUUUCAGUCGUUCACCUCCCACAUCGAUCAAAUUUACGAGAGCGCUAAAUCACUCUCAGGCGGCCAGGUGGCGGACUACAUUCCUCAGCUAUCAAAAUUUAGUCCGAAUCUUUGGGCGGUUUCACUCUGCACUGUAGAUGGCCAACGAUACACGGCAGGUGACACGAAAGUACCAUUUUGUCUGCAGUCGUGUGUGAAACCCUUAAAAUAUGCCAUCGCGGUUCACGACCACGGCACCGAUUACGUACACCGUUUUAUAGGAAAAGAGCCCAGCGGUCUUCGGUUCAACAAACUCUUCCUAGAUGAAGAUGAUAAACCUCACAAUCCCAUGGUAAACGCCGGGGCUAUAGUGUGUACAUCCCUCCUCAAGCAAGGUGCUGGCAACGCUGAGAAAUUUGACUAUGUGAUGAACUUUAUGAAGAAGUUGGCAGGAAACGAGUAUGUUGGUUUCAGCAAUGCUACGUUUCAGUCUGAGAGACUGUCAGGUGAUAGAAACUUCGCAAUUGGUUACUACCUGAAGGAAAAGAAGUGUUUUCCAGAGGGUACAGAUAUGACUUCCAUCCUGGAUCUUUACUUCCAGUUGUGCUCUAUCGAGGUGACCUGUGAAAGCGCCAGCGUCAUGGCGGCGACCCUAGCCAACGGCGGCUUCUGUCCAAUCACGGGCGAGCGUGUGUUGAACCCGGAGGCUGUGAGGGACACUCUGAGUCUCAUGCACUCUUGCGGCAUGUACGACUUCUCCGGACAAUUUGCUUUCCACGUUGGUCUUCCGGCCAAAUCGGGCGUGGCUGGAGGCAUCCUACUGGUAGUGCCCAAUGUGAUGGGUGUCAUGUGUUGGUCUCCUCCACUUGAUAAACUGGGCAACAGCGUGCGCGGUAUCCAAUUCUGCACGGAUCUGGUCCAGCUUUUCAAUUUCCACAACUAUGACAAUUUACGCCACUUUGCCAAGAAACUGGAUCCACGCAGAGAGGGUGGAGAACAGCGGGUCAAGUCAGUUAUCAACUUGCUGUUUGCUGCCUACACCGGGGACGUGUCUGCGUUGAGGAGGUUUGCGCUGUCGUCUAUGGACAUGGAGCAACGUGACUAUGACUCCAGGACGGCUCUUCAUGUAGCAGCAGCUGAAGGUCACGCUGAAGUUGUUCGUUUUCUGUUGGAGGCCUGUAAAGUGAAUCCAGUACCCAGAGACAGGUGGGGAAACACUCCGAUGGACGAGGCCAUUCAUUUCGGUCAUCACGACGUGGUAACAAUCCUGCAGGACUAUCACAACACCUACAGCCCCAAGGAGACCACAUCCAAUGUAGAAAAAGAGACCGCCGAGAAGAAUUUGGACGGGAUGUUGUAGAGAUGUUCUCCUCCUUUCAAACGGAACAAACACUCCAGAUUUUAUUUCCAGUGAGUCUGUGUGUCUGAGGUAUGCAUUUAAGACGGCCUAUACAAAACAAACAGUGUUUGGCCCCUCUUAACCCUGUUUCGUUGUGUUUAUGGGGUGUGACCUCUGUAGUUUUGUUUUAGUGUACACAGAGGCUUGUACAGUCUCUUAAAGGUCUUAUAGCCGUAACUCCACCUGAACAGGCAAUAUCGAUUUAAUAUACUCCAAUAUAUAUAAGGUAUAAGACCUAUAUCUUUAUAUCUUAAUAUAAUAUAUGAACGUAUAUAGUAAAUGUACAUUUAUGUACAUUAAGUUUCGUUUCAUAUGCCAAAAGAUGUCAAAUAGAUAUUUAAUCGAAAAUAUCUAAGAAAAGCAGCUUUGGCAGUAAUGACCAGCAUUAGGUGAGAUUUAAAUGAACAUUUUCACAUUUAUUUUAUUUUUAAUAAUUUAACUUUAAAUAUCCUCUUCUUUAUUACGUGUGUUGUUCUUUUCGCCUCUGAUCGAUUGUGUAUCACUUGAAUUUGUUCUUCGAUUGUUAAGAAAUAUUUGCACUAUUUAAUUUUAUUUGGCUUUUGGUGUUUGUUUGUUAUGAAUUUAAUUCCACCUAUAGCUGUAUGUUUGUUCGUAGAAUUGAUGUCGUUUUUAAAACCAACAAAUCCACAUUUUCACAACCUGUAAAUCUAAAAUGGGCGUCGCCUGAUUGAAGGAUUCUCUGUAAAAUCAACACAAAAUUUGUAUAGUUGUUCUUGUGCAAGAUAUUUGACUUUAAGAUGUUUGAAAUUGACAGUUUAUGUAGUUUAUAACACUAACACUGGUAAACAUGUUAGGCUAUAAGCAACUAACUCGAUAACCUGUUGUCAUGUGAUUAUAUUGAAUAAGAAUGUUCUGUAGGCAAAAAAACACAGCAACUUCUAUAGAUCUGUUUUAAUGGCAUUACAUGGUAAGAAUCCCAAAAUAUCGACUUGUAUUAACAACAGCUAUGGUCAGAAGUGGUCUAAAGUAAAUCUUGGUUGUGUAACCGCACUGUAGUCCCAUAUGAGACUAUUGGUUUUUCUGUAUGCACACGUUGUAUUCAGACAAUCACAGCGAUUGUUUUACCAUAGUAAUGUUGAAGUUUUAGAGAUGUGCGAAUACUUGAAAAACACUCAAAGCUGAGUUGAUCUCAACUGUGUGAAUAUUUUUUUGUGGGACACUAUUGUUACUGUUGAAGUAUUGUAACUGUUUUUUAAACGUGUGCGUGUGUCUGUGUACAAGUUAAGUGUAGGGUUAACUACAAGAAAUAUGUUAUUUAUUCAUUUAUAAAGAAGAGACCAGACAAAGUCUCGAUAAUACUAAGCAAAACUACUGUUGGAUAAGUUCUUUGUUUUAUUCUUGUUUCGGUCGCACUGCUAUAAAAGUCUUGCGCGUUUUAAGACGAAAGAUUAUUGCGCUACUUGUAAUUGACUGCUACGAAUGUACGGCAUUGUGUUGUGAUUUCGUUGGUUUUCUUUUUAUAUUUCACUUAAGAAACGCUAGUUAAAAAACAAUAAAGACUUAUAACAGAUUCUAAA